CGGACACGGCUUCUGACAAUGCGUCGUCCGAUAACUUCGACCGACACCCGCCCCGCAGCCUGGCGAUGGCACGUCGGCAAGCAAUGACUGUACUCCGUACGAAUACUUCCUUCGACAUGAAUCUUACUGAAGGGCCCGGCAAGACGGCAAACCUCCGCAAGCCCAUCCAUAUAUAAGACCGCGAAACAAGAAACCGAGGCACGACAUAUCUUACUACUAACUUAACGAUCUCUCAUUCCUGCAACAGCAUACGCAUUCGCAUUCGCAUUCGUAUCCCGAUGAACAUGGAGCCUGCCCAAGUCAACUUCGGUCAACAGUACAUGGGCACACCAUGUGCCCAGCUAGUCGCUCCUGUGCUCCCUGAGGCGGAAAUACUCAAGAUUGAAGCAGCCGAAGUACACAAUUACAGCUUCCCGACGAUUCCCAUCUUCCAAGGACCAGCACCAGCGGUCUCUGCCCUGGACUUCUGCAACGUCACCGUCUCCCUGAGACACUCUGGAGCCGAUGAUACCGUCUACGUCAAUGUGUGGCUACCCCUGAGAGACUGGAACGGGCGGUAUCAGGCGAUCGGCGGCGGCGGCCUCGCUGCGGGCUUUGGUGAUCUCCUACUCGGCGGCCAAGUCGCCCACGGGUAUGCGGCGUCCUCGACCGACGGUGGCUUGACGCUGGACAAUACCAUCGACCCGAUGAGCGGUCUGUGGGCGUUGAAAGAAGACGGCACCCCCAACGAUGUCCUCCACCUCAAUCUCGCGUGGCGAUCGAUCCACGAUAUGGCAGUCGUGUCCAAAGACGUAAUCAAGCAAUUCUACGGCUCCGACCCCAGCUACUCUUACUGGCAGGGGUGCUCGCAGGGCGGCCGUCAGGGUUACGCCGCUGCAGCCAAGUAUCCACACGACUUCGACGGGAUCCUCGCCACAGCGCCAGCCAUUGAUAUCACGGAAUUCGUCCCUGCAGACUACUGGCCCCCGGUCGUGCUGCGCAACGCCGGCAUCCCGCCAUCCUGUAUCUUCGAAGAGUAUCAGAAGUCCAUCAUCGCUGAAUGUGAUCCUCUCGACGGCGUCACCGACGGCCUGAUCUCCACCCAUGAAAGUCUGGAGAGCUGCAAAUUCGACCCGGACACUCUGGUCGGCAAGACCAUCUCCUGCGGCGAAGGCUGCCAGGAGCUCGACCCGGUCAUCGGCUGGAAGAAAGUCCCGUGCAAGAAGACCAGCGAUCUCACCCUGACAUCCGCGCACGCCGACAUCAUCCGAGAGAUCCUACGAGGUCCCCACACCGCGGACGGGAAACAACUCUGGUACGGCCUCGCUCCAGGCGCCGAUUUCGACGUCACUGCCAGUGUGAUCUUGACAGAGAACGACACUCGAGAAGUUGUCCCUUUCAUGGUGGCCGAGAACUUCCUCAAGUAUCUUGCCCUGCAGGAUCCCGAAUACGACAUGACCAAGAUGACGCACGAGGACUACGUGAAAGCCCAUGAACUAUCGAUCACACGUCUUGGACCGCUCUGGGGAAACCAGGAACUCGACCUGACCGGGUUCAAGCAGUCCGGCGGCAAGCUGCUGACAUGGUUCGGCCUGGCAGACCAGUACAUCACUCCGUUCGGCAUGAUGCGGUACCGCGAGGGUAUCCAGACCAAGUUUGGUGGCGCGGAUGCAGUUGAUGAAUGGUAUAGGCUCUUCUUCGCGCCCGGCGCGGGUCAUUGUUUCGGUGGGCAUGGCCCGAAUCCUGUCGACCCCUUGGGCGCGCUCGUGUCGUGGGUCGAGGAAGGUAAGGCGCCUGAUGUGCUGCCAGCGGCAAGGACAACCGAGGCAGGUGUCGAGAUCACGAGGGAUCUGUGCAGAUUCCCCAAGAAAUUGACCUACACCAACGGUGAUGUCAAUGAGGCGGCUAGCUUUACUUGCCAGUAACUUACAGCAAAAGGCACAGCUCUACUCGGUGCUUACAACGCCCAGUCCCAUGUACUCGUACAUAAUUAAAGCCCUCACCACUC